AUGUUGGCGCUCAAGUCUAUGAAGUUGCCUUAUUCAGGCGCAGAGCACUGGCACGCGACAAAAGAUAAGGUCCAACUCCCGUCAGAGGUGCUAGAUUUGAUCGCUGAGCUGCUCUAUGAAGGUAGCUAUCGGCAGCUGGAUUCGCUUUUGCCCUUCUCUCUCGUUUCGCACCAGUUGCGAAAGUCGGCAUUACCCUUCCUCUUCGGAACCGUGUCCCACGUUAUCCGUGAUCUUAUGGAUCAAAGGGAACAUGGGCUUCUUAGUUGGCUCCUCGAUAAUCGCCACCUCCUCGGCUAUGUCCACACGCUGCAUGUGCAACGCCCGCUGGAGAUAGCAGAUUUCUCCCCUCCUCAGAACGGGGAUAAUCGCGAACAUUAUUACUCGGACCUUAGGGCAGUGCGCGAGAGUCUGCCUUUCAUGCACCGGCUUCGCCGCAUUAGAUUGGACUGUUCCGCCGCUGCAGCACACCAAGUGCUCAAGAUGCUGUCGGAUGAUCAGCAAUAUGAAGUCAUUCUUGGCCAUCUCUACACAUCUUCGCCGUGGCCAGAUAUGAUUCAAGCAACCACAGCGAUGGUUUCGAUUGCCGGGCGCCAUCAGCUCGCCCUAGGAGCCUUUGGCGCACCUCCCUUCAGUUACCCGGAGCCCGAUCAAGCCACUUACGAUGCGGUAGCAAAAGCCGCGGCUGUAGAUCUGCACGUGGCCUGGCUGCUCGAUAGCUUGGCUGGAGUUGACUCGGAGACGCCACAUUUGAGAGGGACCCCUUCGUGGACCGAGUUGCGGUUGAUUAUCCCGCGCCAUGCCAUGGGAGAUCUGAGUGUGAUACCAUGGGAGAAUCUCCGAAGGCUGUCCAUUGUCUGGGGUAAUACCGUCAUGUCUAUCAACGAAUUCAUCUAUUCGAGUGCUCCCCGACUCAUCCAACUUCAGGCGUUGCGCAUCUGUGCAGAUCACCAGCGACACUAUCACCCGACCUGCCCCUACACAGGGACCAUGGGUCCGUUGUUUGAAAACGAUCCUGGCCGGCCUUUCGCGAUCGACUUCACGCAGAUGACAGAGCUGCGAGAGCUGGAGAUUGAUGGGAUAUGCAACCACAUCCCUAUAACGGACCUUGUGGGUCCCAGCCUCCGUCAUCUACGGCUGCACUGUGAGGAUUCGCGCUCUUCGGUUUACAGUAAGCAGAGCCAGCGUAGCCAUACCGAUAUUCUGACGGCGGCGAAACUCGCACCAAAGAUUGAGCGGCUGGAGUUGGACGUUGGUUACAUCGAGCACUUGUGGCAUCCCACAGCAAUUCCCGGGGUAGAUGUGCAUGUCGAACAAUAUGCAUUUCUGAACGCGCUCACCAAGUUUCGCCAUUUGCGAUUCCUCCGUCUAUUCCCUCCCUUCAUAUCUAGCUCCUGCCUACGCCUCGAGUGGAGGUUGCACCACUCUGUUCCGGUUUCCGACAUUCAGGCGAUCCGAGUCUUCGAUCAGCUGCAGAGGGAAUGCCCCUCUCUACAGCUGCUGUCCAUCGCCGCCGCCCCGUCCGUCGUCGACAUUGACACCAUGUAUUGGCAGGUCACACGGCAAGAAGACAAGACCAUUCUCACAACUGGCCACAGAGCGCGAAAUUACAAACACUGCCAAACCUGGAUUGGACAUCGGAGGAUGCGCAGUGAAAUCAAGCGAUUCAAUACGCCGCAGGUAUACUUACCAGAUUCUGAUGGUUGGAUGCUUACCCGGAACGAUCUUCAUGACGUCCGUCAAAUUCCGUUUGGGGUGAGAUGGUGGGAUGCUGAUCUAUAA